AUGAAUGCCGCAAGGGGAGCAAAACUCCCGACCUUUUUCCAACGAGCAUCGAAGCCCCUACGAAUAAAAGGCGUGAGCCUCUUCCAUAUAUUCUAUUCCCCAGAGAAUCUUAUUCCUUACAUUGCCGCCCGCUACCUUAACGACUUUGAUCACCCAAUUCGUCCGAAGGUCGUCCAUAUGUAUCAAACCCGCGAACGCGGUAUACUGUGGUGGACAGUGGUGGAUGGAUACCUCGUGUCUUCGCUGAAGCCAGUCGUUCGAUCCUGGUGCGCGAGACGCGUUAGAACGGCCUUUGAAGCUGUGCUGAAGGAACGCGGCUAUAAUACGGAAGGAAAGAAGCUCAUUCGCGAUAGCCAGGGCCAUGUGACAGGGGCGGAGAAAGCGUUGAAGGGAACGAUGGAGAUUCGCAUGGUUGAGCCGGUCAUGAAGGCGGGCUACGAAAAGAUUGUGGAGCAAGCCAGGCUUCUUGUCGACCAUUUGGAAAACAAGCAAGUAUGGGAAGGAAAAAGGAAUCAGCAACAAGCACAGACGCGACAGACGCGGGGACCAGAGCAAAAAACACGAGGGAAACGACCCUCGAAUAUGCAUUGGCGGAAAACGUGA